AUGCGGUCGAUUGCCCGCGUCGUCCCGGCCCUCAUAGGGUUCGGAAUACCCUCGGCUAUGUCACUCAGCAUUCCUUCUCCGCAGCAGAUCCUCUCGUCCUGGUCUGGCACCAACAACGUCUGCCCUCUGGCACCCAAGGUCGAAGUGCCUGAUGAUGGUCUGCUUUCUGCACUUCGAUAUGUCCAGGAUGAGACCAUUCGGCUGCAGCAGGUCGACCGUCUCUCAAGAGCCGUUCAGGUUCCCACCACGGUCAAUGACUACAUGACAGACCCCUUCGACGAGGGAUUCGCUCCCUUCGUAGAGUUCCAAGGGCUCUUGGAAUCGUUAUUUCCUCUAAUUCAUUCGUAUGCCUCCGUGGAUCAUAUCAACAGACUCGGGCUGCUCUACACCCUCAAUGGCACCGAUGACUCACUUAAACCGAUCCUGUUCAUGGCUCACCAAGACGUUGUACCGAUCAAUGAUCCUUCCGACUGGACCUACCCACCCUUUGCCGGCCACUUCGAUGGCGAAUGGCUCUGGGGCCGAGGAGCUAGCGAUUGCAAGAACGUCUUGAUCGGCCUCUUGUCCGUCAUCGAAGAUCUGCUCCGGCAGAACUGGCAGCCGACACGCACCAUUGUUCUCGCCUUUGGGUUCGACGAAGAAUCCCACGGCUUCCUCGGCGCUGGAUCGCUCGCCUCUGCCCUAGAGAAAAAGUACGGCCCCGACAGCUUCGACUUCAUCCUAGACGAGGGCGGCAUGGGUCUCGAAACUCUGGGCGAUGACGUGGUCUACGCGCUCCCUGGCGUAGGAGAGAAAGGCAGCAUAGACAUUGUGCUCUCUCUCGACGUCGCCGGCGGCCACAGCUCCAUCCCACCUGCUCACACGGGCAUCGGCAUCAUGGCCGAGAUCAUCUACGAGCUCGAGCGACAGGCCCUCUUUGUCCCUGUCCUGACAGACGACCACCCCUCCCGCCGCAUGCUCGAAUGCCAGGCUCGCUACUCCCCCAACCACGUCGAACCCUGGCUCGCUUCCGGCCUUCAGUCAUCCGACCACGUCGCGCUAGCCGAGAAGCUCGCAUCCUCCCGCGGCGACGCCUUCCGAUACAUCCUGCAAACCUCACAGGCCGCCGACAUCUUCAACGGCGGCAUCAAAUCAAACGCUCUACCCGAGAAGAUCUCCGCGCUGGUCAACUACCGCAUCGCCCUCCAUCAAACCCCAGAACUCAUCAAGCAGCGCGCCAUCGACAUCAUCGCCCCCAUCGCCGACAAGCACAAUCUGUCGUGGACCGCCUUUCCGGAAACGACCGCCGCCACUGCCGAUAAACCAGCCGUCAAUAAUCAUCUCACCUUGUCGACCCUCAGCACGCCACUUGUCCCUGCUCCCGUGAGCCCUACCAACAUCGACACCGACGCCGUCUGGGCUCGGUUCGCGGGUGUCGCGCGCACCUCCUUCGAGUCCGUCCCCAGCUUGAAGGGCAAGACGGUGGUUGUCAGCGGCGACAUCAUGACGGGAAACACCGACACCAGAUUCUACUGGGCCCUGUCGCGCAACAUCUACCGCUGGAGUCCGUCUCGCAGGGGCGGUAGCCUGAACAUCCAUACGGUCGACGAGCGAGUAGCUAUUGAUGUGCAUCUCGAGGCAAUGGUUCUAUAUUACAACCUGAUCCGUUCUUUUGACGCUUGGAAUGACUCGGUCGAAAUCUCUCACGAUCUCUGA